AUGGCCACGUGGACGCUGUGCUUGGGCAGCAGGACCAGCUUGAUCUCCAUGGCCGGCAUCCGCUACGAGGGCACCCUGAGCGGGGUCAACACGGACGACUGCACCGUCGCCUUGGCCAAAGUGCGUGUGUGCGGCACGGAGGGUCGCCCCGCCGAGCGCGCCGUCGCCCCUCGCGAGGAGAUCUACGACUACAUCAUCUUCCGUGCCAGCGAGAUCAAGGACCUGGCGGAGUUGGGGUGCCCGCUCUCCGCUCUGCACCCCCACCUGGCCGUCGUGCAGACGCGCCUCACCAAGCCCGCCGGCUCGUGCGGGACACGGCGGACGGACACCGUCCCUGCGGAGGAGCUGCAGGUAAACGCCGGGGAUAGAAAGGUGGCCUGGCGUUCCGCGAGGAAGAGCGCCACGGUGGAGCGGGGGGUGCAGACGUCCCCCCAGCGUCAGCAGCGACGGUGUCGGAGCACGAAGCGGAUUGCCGCCCAGACUCCCCGUGGGGCCCCGGAGCCGUGCGUUGAGUUGGACGCGGAGUUUGACUUUGCGAGCGCCAACGCGAAGCUGGACCGCGAGGCGCUGGACAGGGAGUUCCGGGGCAGGGAGGCCAAGCGGAGAGAAGCGGACAAGCCGAGGGGUCCCCGCACGAGCUCCCCCGUCUUCCUGGACGGCUGCUUCUACGACAAAACCAGGAGCUUCUUUGACAACAUUUCCAGGUAACGUCCGAAUUGCCGCGUGACGUUGGCGGAGCAGCGGCGCCUGAACGUGGCGACGUUCGGGGCGGACCUCUCCACGUGA